AUGUGUAAAGAGCAAACUGCAUUAACGUGGAUAACCAAGGUUGAAGAAUGUGCAGAAAUUUACGGGUGGGAUGAUAAAGAAACUAUACAUUACGCGUUGCCAAAAUUAACGGGGGUUGCUAAAUCUUGGUACCAAGGUUUACCAACAUUACUAUUCACUUGGCCAGAAUGGAAAAAGAAAAUAAUUGAAUCCUUUCCCUGUCGCGAGGAUUAUGCUGAGCUCUUGACCGAAAUGUUAACUAAGAGAGUUAAGUAUGGCGAAUCAUUGGAGCACUAUUACUAUGCGAAGGUUAACCUGCUAAAUAGAUGUAAAAUUUAUAAGAAAAAAGCGGUGGACUGUAUCUUAUAUGGCUUAGAAGACCGUGCUGUAAAAGUAGGUGCUCAGGCUGCUCAAUUCACUGAGCCUGAACAGGUCCUUAAAUAUUUUAGAUCUGUAAAAGUAGGACAGAAUAGGGAUAGAGACCCUCGAGAUUCUUCACGAAUUCGUAUUGAUCGCAAAACAUUUACAACAUUUAAGCCAGGUACAUCAAAAGAAAACGGCAUUACGUGUUACAAUUGUGGUGAACUCGGGCAUCGUAGCUCUAAAUGCAACAAACCUCCAGAAAAAUGUACAUUUUGUGAAAAAUUAGGGCAUCUUGCUGUUCAUUGCUUCAAGAAUAAGUCUAAGGAGUCAGGAGCGGAUCAAGGAUAG